AUGGUUGUUAUGAAAGGUGAAAUUGUAAGAUUACUAUGUGUAGAUGAUGGCGAGGAAACGGUUUUGAAAAAGGGUGAUAUCUGUGUUCAGAGAGGCAGGGCGUAUACCUGGGAGAGUAGAUCUGAUGAAUGGUGUUGUAUGUUAGAUCUUGUUUUGAAUGUGGAGAGGACUGAAGAUUAA